AUUCUGAUGCCUCCUACUCUGAAGGCUUUCUCAUCAACGGAAAACACACUGUAUGGCAUACGUUUUUUGAAACAGUGGAGUUGCAACAGAGGAUGCAUAUGUAGAUGUGGAGAACCGGUAAAAAACUGGCAGAUAUCCCACAUAAGGUGGUAGACUGACUUUUCUCAAAAUAGAAGCUCAAAAGGGUCUUUUAUUUAUUUGCUAGCUGUCUUAAGAACAAAGCUUCUUUCAUGCCAAAAAUGAUACCAUUUGAUUUAAUUUUAACAUCAUACAGAAAAGAUCAAAGCGUUGCUGAGAACUGUUUGUUUCAGUGCUGAAACUUUUCCAAUUUUCUUGAUGCCCUCUUUCUUUUUGAAAGUUUUCCGAUUAAAUUUACAGAGAGAUACUAGAUGUCUCUGGACUGAUUUCAAAGUUUCCUAACAUCAGCAAAAAACUAUGCUACGAUAUUUGGACCAGAGAGUGGGUCUUUCUUUCAGAUAAGGCCAAACAUCACAGUGGUGGGCUUCAGACAUGAAGCCCAGUGUCCUGUCCCCUUCUGGCUGCUGCUGUUGCUGUCGUCCCCAUGUGAAGGAUGUUUCACAGCACAGCGCUAGGACCAUUUGAACCGAGCCAGAGCCCUGACCGGAGAGCAGAAAUCCGGAGGCACAUUAAGAUGGUCAUGGAACAGCUGGAGGAAGUUCUUGCUGAGCUCAAGGAUGUGGCAAAAGAGCUCCGGGAGGUUGUGGCACAAAUUGACAGGUUAACAUCAGAUAUCGACCUCGACUCAGACGAUGACCUGACACUAGUGUGUUGCAGCGAGGACCGUGGUGACCUCUUGCUCAAUGAGACAUUAUCUGACAACCACUUACUGCACAUCCCUCUGCUAGACACGGUCUGUAACCCAACCACAGCCAAGAAACAAGAAUUGGAGCUCUACCGCAGGAGCUGUGGAGACUUGCCUGGCCUCAAUGGACCAUUAAAGGCCUCAAACAGCCCUAAAGCCUCCUGGCUCUUUGGAUCUGGAGGACGGCUCCUUUACUAUGACAAGACGCUAUAUCAUGCCUUGUGCUGCGACGAUGACUAUUACGACGAAGAUAGAGUUGGAAUGAGAUCAUCGAGGCUGUCGUCCAGCGAUUCUGUGUUUUCAUCUUCACCUCCAAGGUUUCUGACGCCCAAAUGUAACCGUAAAACUUACUCCAGCCCGGACACGAAGAAAAGAGCUCUCCGUAGCUGCAGUACGCAAACUGUGUCCGAUAAAAGCACACAAACUCCCUUCCCAUACAUUCCAGCCAAGCAAAGAGCUUCAAGUGACUACAAGAACUAAAAUGUUCCGCAAGCAUCCCAAAAAGUUAGCCCAAAAUGAAACCUCUGCCAUUAAUUUUUCACCCUUAUGCUGCUCUGAAACCAUAUGACUUUCCUUCUUCCGUGGUGAGGCAGAAGGUGCUUUUUUUCUCUCUAGAUAUAAUAGACGUGAAAAAGAACAGGGGAUGAGAAGCUGCAAAACAAAAACACAACAACAUAAAAUUAGUCCAUAUAACUCAUUAACUAUAAUUAACAUAUUGUGAAUGUUUACUACUGGUCAAAAGUUAGGAGUAAAUAAGACUGUUUAAUGUUUUAGAUGAAGUCUCUUCUGCUUACCAAGGAUGCAUUUGAUGUAAAAUACAGUAAGUUGUUAGAAAAAAGUUUAAUAUUAUUACAAGUUAAAAGAAAUGUUUUUUAAUAAAAAGUAAUUUAUUUCUGUGAUGUUAAGCUGAAUUUUCAGCAUCAUUACUUCUAACAUGCUGAUUUGCUUCUCAGUUAUUAGUUAUCACUGGUGCUCAAGUAUUAAUAAUGGUUCAUUGUACAGUUGCACUGCUUAAUGUUUUUGUGGGAAUGGAUUUUUCAGCUUUCUUUUGAAUUGAAAGUUCACCAGAACAGCAUUUACAUUUAUUUGAAAUAGAAAUCUGUCAUAACAAUAUAGUAACAGUAUAUAUAUAUACUGUUACUUUUGAUAAAUGUAAUGCUUCCUUAGUUAAUGCAAAUAUUAACAAUUCUUUC